GAGAGAGAGAGAGAGAGAGAGAAUGGAUGGAGGGAAUGGCAUUCCGGGAGGAAUGCUACCGAGCAGCAUGAGCUCGGGAGGAUUGAUGGGGCUGGAUAUGUCCAUCCACCCGCAACAGAAACAGCAACAGAUGCUUCAUCACCAGCAGCAGCUGCAUGCGCACCACAUGUUGCCGUUCCAGGCACCGGUGGGCAGUGAUGGUGACCACCAGGCGCAGUAUGCCAACAGGCACGCCCAGUACGUGCAGGCGUUUGGCCAGGCCGUCCGGGGGAAACAGCAGCAGCCGGCCAUGAGCUCCGAGGAGGAGGCCGGAUACGGGGAGGACGUGGAGGAGCAGGCUCGCCGCGGAGGGGUGUCACAGCCGUCUCCGUCGACCUCGCCGUGGCAGCGGAUGAAGUGGACCGACAACAUGAUCCGGCUCCUCAUCAAGGUGGUCUACCGCGUGGGGGACGACGGCGGCGCCGCGGGGGAGGGGGAGCAGCAGGCCCACGUCGCGCUCGCCAAGGGCAAGAAGUCGGCGGCGGCGGCCGCCGCCGCGUCGUCAGCGUUGUUGCAGAAGAAGGGAAAGUGGAAGUCGGUGUCGCGGGCCAUGAUGGAGAAUGGCUUCUGCGUGUCGCCGCAGCAGUGCGAGGACAAGUUCAACGACCUCAACAAGCGGUACAAGCGGGUGAACGACCUCCUGGGGAAGGGCACGGCCUGCCGGGUGGUCGAGAACCAGACGCUCCUCGACACCAUGGACAACCUCUACCCCAAGGCCAAGGAGGAGGCCCGCAAGCUCCUCAAUUCCAAGCACCUCUUCUUCCGCGAGAUGUGCGCGUACCACCACGCCGGAGGAGCCUCCUCCUGCGCCGCCCCUCCCCCUCCGCAGAUACCGCCACCACAUCCUCCAGAUCAGCAGCAGCAGAUCUGCUUCCACCACCCACCGCCUGCCGCAGCGCCCCCAGCCAAGCUUCCCGGAGAUAGCAGAGGAAGAGGAACCUUCGCUGAAGAGGAGGGCAUGGCGGAAGAGGCGGACGAUGACGACGACGUGGACAGCGAGGAGGACGAGGACGAUUACGAGGAAGAGGAGGAGGAGGAGGACGACGACAUGGAGGGUCACGGCCAUAAGCGCCACUGUCACCAUCACCAGCAGCAGCCCAAGAACGAGGAGGGUGAGGAGGACGAGGACAGUAAGGGAUUCACGGCGGGUGCCAAGAGGCUCAAGAGGGCUUCCUCCCAGAUGUCGGCGUCGCCGCCGCACUCGCUGACGUUGUCGUCAUCCAGCUCCAUACAGCAGCUGCGCUCCGAGAUGAUGGCGGUGUCGGGCGGAGGGGAGCAGCAGCAGCAGCAGUGGCUGAGGAGGAAGGCAACGGAGCUGGAGGAGCAGCGGGUGGCGUACCAAGGCCGGGCCUUCCAGCUCGAGCGGCAGCGCUUCAAGUGGCUCCGCUUCAGCUCCAACAAGGAGCGGGAGAUGGAGCGCAUGAAGCUCGACAACGAGCGCCUCCGCCUCGAGAACGACCGCAUGCUGCUGCUCCUCCGGCAAAAGGAGUUGGAACUAGUACACGGCGGCGGAGCGCUCUCCACCGUCACCGUAAUCUCUGUACAGCAGCAGCAUAUAUCGAAUGCUGAUCACGCUGCCGUCGGCAAUUGACGUGUACAAUUCGUGCCUCCAAACAAUGAACGGAGGAGUCAAGAGAGACACAACAAAGAAUGCCGAGCUCCAUGGCAUUGAAUUCUCUGAAAAAUCAACUAAAACAUAGUUCUUAAAAUGUUUGGAAACAGAAACUCUUCGA